GAAUAUAUUUUUUUUUAAAUAUUAGAAUUUCUAAUAAAAUGAAAAAGGGAUUCACAGAGAUGAAUAAAAAGAGCAAUAAAUGGUAUGAAGAAUAUUCUAAAGGAGAGGAGCCAUAUAAACAUUCUAUAUCUGAAGCAGAAAUAUCGAGUUUAAAAGAUGAAGCAAAAAAAUACUUGGAUGCAGAAACAUCUGUUUUUCAAUUAAAAGAAUCAAAAUAUACUGAUUCAGAAACAGUAUGGUUAAGAACAGCAUUAACACAGGGUACAACCUCUGACAAAGUAGCAGCUGCCAUUGUGUUAGUGCAAGAUAAUCCAAAAUAUAAUUUAGCUAGACUUACAAUGCUCAUAAAUCAAGUACGUGUGGUAAAACAUAAUCAAUGCAAUAUGAUAAUAAAAUCAUUAAAGGAUUUGUUUUUAUUAGAUCUCCUACAUCCUAAAUUUAAAUUGCUUAAAUUUGAAGAACAAAAUUUAAACGAAGUUAAUAAAUUUAUCUCUGAAGACACUCUUAUUAAAUCAAACAUAUCUAGAAAAAAAUUAAUGGCUCAUUGGUAUUUUGAAGACCAAUUAUGUGAACUAUAUGAACGUUUUGUAAUGUCUUUAGCUACCAUUGCAUCUGAUACGGUAGAUGCAAAUCGUGAAGUUGCAAUAUCAGUAAUGACAGAUUUAUUAAUAGGAAAUGCUGAACAAGAACAUAAAUUGUUAGAAUUCCUUGUAAACAAAAUAGGAGAUCCAAGUAGUAAAAUAGGAUCAAAAGUUAUAUUUUGUUUAAAUAAAUUAUUACAUGAACAUCCCAAUAUGAAACUUGUUGUGUUACGAGAAGUUGAAAAAUUAUUAUUUAGGAAAAAUGUAGCACAACGUGCACAAUAUUAUGCAAUUUGUUUGUUAACACAACUUCUUUUAAAUAACAAUGAUGAGAAAAUUGCUUCUACACUUAUUGAAGUUUACUUUGCUUUCUUUAAAGCUUGUUUAAAAAGAGGAGAACCAGAUUGCAGAAUGAUGGCAGCAAUCUUAACUGGUGUAAACAGAGCAUAUCCAUUUGCAAAAUUGGAUUCAAAUAUAUUGAAUGAUCAUAUAGAUUCUGUAUAUAAAGUUGUACAUAUCGGAUCUUUGAAUGUUUCUUUCAAUGCACUCAAUUUAUUGUAUCAGAUUACAGGUGAAAAUGAUGUUCAAUCAAAUAGAUUUUAUUCUGCUUUUUAUCGGAAAUUAUUAGACCCACAAAUUGGAGUGGCAAAUAAACGUGCAUUAUUUCUUAAUUUAUUGUACCGAGUUCUUCAAAAUGAUCAUAAUAAACAACGUUUAUAUUCUUUUAUUAAAAGAAGUUUACAAGUUGCAUUAUAUUUCCCAGCAAACAUGGCUUGUGCUACUUUGUAUGUAAUAUCCAAAAUUUUACAUACUCAUAAGGAAUUAAAAACUUUAUUAUUAAAACCAGUAGACUAUAUUAAAGUAGAAAAUGAAGAUUUAAAAUUUAAAGAUAGUUCUUCAAAUCCAGAAAUUUCUUAUCUAUCUAAUGAUGAAUCUAAAUUAGGAGAUUCUAUUGUAUUAACAAAUGUUAUAUCUGAAGACAAUGUAAACAAUGAAUCUAAAAUCAAAGCAGAAAAGAACAUGAACAUUAAUAUCAAUACACAAAAGGAAUAUGAUCCCUUUUGUCGUAAUCCUGCUUACGCUGGAAUAACUAAAGGUUUAAAUACAGAGCUAAUAGCAUUAUCUAAACAUUAUCAUCCAAGUGUUGCAUUAUUUGCAAAUACUAUUCUUGAAGGAAAAUCAAUUGAUUAUACAGGUGAUCCACUAGCAGAUUUAUCUUUAAUGCGUUUUUUGGAUCGUUAUGUUUUCAAAAAUCCAAAAAAGUUAGAAAAUAAGAAAGUGCAGAAAAAAAAUGAUCCUUUAGCACAACGUGCAGGAUAUACACCAAAAGGUAUUAGAUGUAUUCCAGUUGACAGUGUAUCAUACAUUAAUGAAAAAGAAGAACGUAUCCCAGUUGAUGAAUUAUAUUUAUACCGAUAUUUAAAAAAAAGAAAAAAAUCUAAACAUGAAUUUAAAGUAGAUGAUGAUGUAGAAAGUGUUAAUAGUGAAGAAUUUGAUGAUAUGUUAAACAGAUUAACUGAUGGUAAAGAUUUUGAAGAUUUAGAUAUCGCUGCUGACAUACAAACUAGCAGAAAGAAAAAAGGUAGAAUAUUCUUCAAAAUGGCUGCCCGAUCCAUUGUUAAAUAUUUACGUCCAAAAACUGUUGUACCCCAAAUCCAUAGAUGUGCUUCAAUUUCUGCUUUUGAAAUACAGCAUAAAACUCCAACUAUUAAAAAAGUAAUGCCAAUACCGAAAGCUCAUUACGGGGGACGACAUACAGUUACUCUUCUGCCUGGUGCUGGAAUUGGUCCAGAAUUAAUGACCUAUGUAAAAGAGGUUUUUAGUUAUGCAGGUGUACCAGUAGAUUUUGAAGAUGUAGACAUUGAUCCAAAUGCAAAUGAUAAUGUGGAUUUAGAUUUUGCUAUUACUUCCAUUCGUAGAAAUGGUGUAGCAUUGAAAGGAAAUAUUGAAACUCGUAGUACAGAAGCUGGUGUACUUUCUCGAAAUGUUGCUCUUCGAAAUGAAUUAGAUCUUUAUGUAAAUGUCCUACAUUGUGUGUCAUAUCCAGGGGUAAAUUCGCGACAUAAGAAUAUUGACAUUGUUAUUGUUAGACAAAAUACAGAGGGAGAAUAUGCUAUGUUAGAGCAUGAAAGUGUAAAGGGUGUGGUAGAAAGUAUGAAGGUUAUUACAAGCACUAAUUCUGAACGUGUAGCAAGAUAUGCAUUUGAAUAUGCUAAGCGAAAUGGAAGAAAAAAAGUUACCACAGUUCAUAAAGCAAAUAUAAUGAAGCUAUCUGAUGGAUUGUUUUUAGAAAUAUCAAGAAAAGUUGCAAAAGAUUACCCAGAUAUUACUCAUAAUGAUAUGAUUAUUGAUAAUACUUGUAUGCAAUUGGUUUCCAAUCCACAUCAAUUUGAUAUUGUAUUAACAACCAAUUUGUAUGGAGCAAUUGUAUCAAAUGUAGUAUGUGGUUUGUUAGGUGGGGCUGGAUUAUUAGCAGGUAAAAAUUAUGGUGAUCAUUAUACAAUAUUUGAACCAGGUACUCGAAAUACUGGCACAGGUAUUGCUGGAAAAAAUAUUGCCAAUCCUAUUGCAAUGUUAAAUGCUGCCGUUGAUAUGUUGCGUCAUCUUGGACAUAAGCAUCAUGCUAUUUUAAUUCAGAAUGCCAUUAAUAAAACUAUUAACCAAGGUAUCCAUACUCGUGAUCUUGGUGGGCAAGCUACAAGUAGGGAAGUUGUGGAUUCUAUAAUGAAACAUAUUAAAAUAGCAUCUAAUUAAGACUGAUGAAAUGUAUCAUAUUAAAAACUAACAUAAUAAUGUAGAAGUGUACGUAUAUAUUCAACUUUGCUUUUUAGUAAGAAUAUUCCAUUGCUUGGAAUAAUGUUAGAAUAUCAUUGAUAGCAAUAACCAUAUUUUCUGUUUAAAAGAAAUUCUCUACAAUUGUGUAAAUCGCACAAAAUUAUACAAAGCAAUUUUUAAGUAAAGUGACAAAUUUGAUAC